AUGGAGAGCAGUCCAGAAGCUGCACGGAGGUCCGAUCAUCUCCACAUUUCCUUCAGUCUCCUGCUGCUUGUAUUUGUGGUGUGCGGUUUGGCCCUGCUGGGUGUCAUCAGCGUCGCCACCUGGAAGCUGUGCUGGGUGUCCUGGCGCAGCAAAGUGCUUUCCUCUAGCGCCACCGCCCUUGCUCCCACCCAGCCAGAGAGAGAACAACCCAGAGAAGAAGGUCACGGUGACUACUACCCGGCCCUCAGAGACAUUAUGGCAGCAGACAAGCUGAAGGAUCCUGGGAACUUUCUGGAGGCGGCAGUGAAGAUUAGUCAUACGUCGCCAGAUAUCCCCGCAGACGUGCAGCUGUCCAUGAAGGAUCAUCUUCUGAGACGGACGCGUAUCUCACGGCAAACAACCGAGCCGGCCUCCUCCAACAGGCAUAGUUCCUUUAAGAAGCACCUUCCCAGGCAGAUGCACCAUGUCACCAGUCUGGACCGCGGAAGUGAAUUUUUAGACGUGGAGGACCAUCCCAGUUGCACCGCUGCCUCUCUUGGACGCAUCCAACCGGAACUUUAUAAACAGAGCACAAUGGAAGCAGAGGAUUCUUCUAAAAAUGACACUGACAAAUCAUGCGGCAAGAUCAACUUCUCCCUAAAGUACGAUUAUGAGGGAGAGCUCCUCCUCGUCACUAUCCUCAAGGCAUUCGAUCUUCCUGCAAAGGAUUUGUGCGGGAGUUCCGAUCCAUAUGUCAAGAUCUACCUGCUGCCUGACCGCAAGCGUAAAUUUCAAACUCGUGUUCACCGCAAGACGCUCAACCCCACGUUUGAUGAGACCUUUCAAUUUCCAGUACCAUACGAGGAGCUGGGGUCCAGGAAACUCCACUUGAGCGUUUUUGACUUUGACCGCUUCUCACGGCACGACAUGAUUGGCGAGGUGAUCCUGGAAAACCUCUUUGAAGUUUCAGACCUCUCGCGAGAGACGUCCAUCUGGAAGGACAUCCAGUACGCCACUAGCGAGAGUGUGGAUCUCGGAGAGAUAAUGUUCUCUCUGUGCUACUUGCCGACUGCAGGGAGACUCACACUUACAGUCAUCAAAUGUAGGAACCUCAAAGCUAUGGAUAUUACUGGUUAUUCAGAUCCGUACGUGAAGGUUUCGCUGAUUUGUGAUGGGAGACGCUUGAAAAAGAAGAAAACGUCCAUAAAAAAGAACACGCUGAAUCCAACAUACAAUGAGGCGAUCAUCUUUGACAUUCCCCCGGAGAAUAUGGAUCAAGUCAGCUUACACAUAUCGGUUAUGGACUACGAUCUAGUGGGACAUAAUGAGAUCAUUGGAGUCUGUCGUGUAGGGAUCCAUGCCGAGGGGCUUGGAAGAGACCACUGGAAUGAGAUGCUGGCUUACCCUCGAAAACCCAUCGCUCACUGGCACCCACUUGUAGAGCCUAAGAAGUCUGAGAAGGAGUGGAAGGCUCGCACCGCAAGCUUUGACAGUCAAGGCUCUUGUCCAUCUCCCAGACUCCCUUCAAGUCCAUAAAAAGAGACAGCCUUUCUCUUCGACUUCAAGCCAAGUAUCUCCAAUGUAUCUGGAGAGAUUCGAGAAAAGUCCUUAAACGACAUGUGACACAACUUAUGUCUGUGUGGACAUGCAGCGGAAAGCAGAGUGCAUCCUAGCCAAGUUUUAGCUUAUGUUGUGCUUGGAUUGAAAUGUCACUUUCCUACAUUGGGUAGAUCUACAAGCCACAACUCAAUGAGGUUGAAGAAUACACUUUAAGAUGAAUUAAAGCACCAUAAAAGGGUGUAUUUUCUGAUGAAUCUUGUAAAACUGAUAGAUGUAAAUUAUAUUUUAUCUGACAUUCUAAUAGUAUGAAGAUAUAGUUUAUUAUAUAUUUAGCCAUUUCUUCCUUCCUGUUCAUUUGUCUUGUGUUUAAAGAUUUGUAUGACUGGAAAGAUAUAUGAAAUCCUCUGUGAUAUAUUAGCCAAAUUGUAUGUUGUUUACAUGCUGAUCAGAGUAAUUCCAUUGAUCUUCCUUUCAUUUGUGAAGUAGUGAAUCUGUUCUGCCACCAAAAACACCAAUGCCAAGAAUCGUUUGUAUUCUGUCUACAAAUAUCUCAUCAUCCGUGUAAAUUGUAGAGGUUUUGUUUGUAUUUAAUCAUUAAAGUUGCUGUUUUGAGUGUUCUAAAUAUUUUUCCAUUGUUUUCCAUUAUUAAGUUCACCUCACAGAUGUAUCCUCCAUUAUCCAUAAUGUGUGGUUAAAAUCAUCAUAAUUUCUCAACGCAGUAAUUGUAGCUUCCAAAGUAUAAAAAAAACAUAACGAAUAAUCAAGGUUGCAAAUAAUCCUUGGCUUUCUAAAAUGACUUGAAAUUAUGUCUGUGUAAAUUAGAAGCACUGUUUUACAAAGACUGGUUUUGUAUUUUACAUCAAAUGUGAAAAAUGUUCAUUGUUCUGUAUUUUUCCUGUUACCUUUGAUGUGUUUUCUCUUUAGAUAACAUGAUGUAUUUUGUUGGCUGGCCUGGCUGGUACUCAUUGUAAUAGUCACCGGCGUUUCUGUAUAUGAAAUGCCUGAUUCAGAGCCACUUGCACCUUUUAUAUUGAGAAUUUGUAUUUGUAUUGUACAUUUGCUGUUUCAGAACAUCCCCUUGUACUUCAAAGGUGUGAUUAAAGUUUUUGCUUCUAUUG